GUGCUGUCUCACAACCUCUACACGGUGCUGUGCAUCCCCCACGAUCCCGUGGCGCUGGAAGAGCAUUUCCGCGAUGACGAUGACGGGCCGGUGUCCAGCCAGGGUUACAUGCCGUACCUCAACAAAUACAUCCUGGACAAGGUGGAGGAAGGUGCUUUUGUCAAAGAAAACUUUGAUGAGCUCUGCUGGACUCUGACGGCGAAGAAGAAUUACAAGCCCGACCGGAAUGGGAACAGCGUUGUAUCCCACCAAGAUGCCUUCAAGCUCUGGUGUCUCUUCAACUUUCUGUCUGAAGACAAAUACCCUCUUGUCAUGGUGCCAGACGAGGUGGAGUACCUGCUGAAGAAGAUCUGCACGGCCAUGAACGUGGAGCUGAACUCCUGCGAGCUGGAUGACUACCUCUCCCAGGAGCCGCAGGGCCAGGGCGGGCUGACGGUCUGGCAGUUCCUGGACAUGGUGAACUCGGGGCGGUUCCUGCGAGGCAUCGAGCAGGAGGCGGUCAGCAUGGCUGUGGAGGAGGUGUACCAGGAGGUCAUCGAGGACGUGCUCAAACAGGGCUACCUCUGGAAGAAGGGCCAGCUGAGGAGGAACUGGUCAGAGCGGUGGUUCACGUUGAAGCCCAGUGCCCUGUCCUACUACAUGAGCGAAGAACGGAAGGAGAAGAAGGGGAGCAUUGUGCUGGACAAGCACUGCUGCGUGGAGGUGCUGCCCGACCGCGACGGGAAGAGGUGCAUGUUCUGGGAACAACUGCACUUUGGAGCUCUCCCUGGCGCUCGCGCCUCCAUGCAGGCGGAGAUGGUUCUGAAGGAAGCAGAGGCAGAGCGGCAGCGCAAGCGCAUCCUGGAGCUGGAGGAGAUGCAGGAGCGUCUCCAGGAGGCCCUGCAGCAGGAGGUGAAAGCACGGCAGGACGAGGAGUCCGUGAGAUACGCUCAGGCCAGGUAGGACCAAGAGGAGAAGCUGAAGCAGCUGAUGAAGCUGAAGGAGGAACAAGAGGAAUAUAUCAUCAAAACACAGCUGGAGAAGCAAGUCCUCAAGCAGGAGAUGGAGAACAAGAACAAAUGUCUGGAAGAGGCACAGAAGCAGCUGGAAGAAGUGAGAGUGAACCGGCAGCGGGUGGACCAAGACGUCAUGGCGGCCCAGCGGAAGCUGCGACAGGCCAGCACCAACGUCAAGCACUGGAACGUCCAGAUGAACCGACUGAUGCACCCCAUCGAGCCGGGAGACAAGCGUACGAACGUGAGCAGCGGAGGCUUCGCAGGCUACCAACCCCUCCUCUCCCAGAGAGAUUCUUCCUUCAAACUGAAGCAGAAAGUGGAGGAUAAAGGCAGUGACCCCACAAGGGACAACAGCAAGGAAAAUGUUAGCAACGGUGGGGACAGCAGCGUGCUGCCAUCUCCUGACGUGGACACCAUGGCCACGGAGACAAGUGGGGACCAGCACAGAGCCUGGAGGGGACUACACAUAAG